AUGCCCAUUCUAACGCAACCAAGCUCUCUUUGGGCAGAUUGUGGCAAGCUCAGCAAUGAUGAAAUCGAGGGACUUAUCAUCGAAGGUCGCCAUCUCACUGAAUUGCUGCAAGCCGAGCUUAAGUUGCGUCAGACGACACGGGUGGAGCUAGACCUGGGAAGCGAAGUAAAGCGAAAAGCAGUGAGAAUCCAGAGGGAUGGACUAAGUGCGCCUGAUUUAGGGCUGAUGGCAGACGCUGAUAAUCUCGGAAUGGCAGUUAUGAGGGACGGUCUGAGCUCCGUCAAAGAGGGUCUGAUAAAAUGGGACCAUAUUGCAUAUACCGAGUUAAUCUGGUUGGUAUCCAGCACCACAACAUCUGCGCACGCGCUUCUUCUUGUUCUUGCUGUUAGCAAGAGAAGGCUGGAGAAAAUCAAUCUCUAUAAGAAGUCGAUGCUUGUGUCCUACAUCAAGCAGCACGAAGAAACGCUCUUCUGCGCCUGUCUUGAGUCCGCAGCUCGUUCACUGGUCCAUGCCCGAAAUAUGACAGACAUGGUCCCAGUUUCGAGUAGCUUCUGUGAUGCAGCCCUUUCCAACGUCGAGAAACUCGAAUUAGAUGUCUCGCUUGUUGUGACAGACAACGAAGUCUCUCGCGGAUACAAAGACUCCCUCGCAACUGGUCCUGGGCUUCAGAUGAGUACUCAUAAUGGCCGGAUUGCCACCCCGACCAGUCAAGAUGUGCUUUGGACAAGUCCAGCGUGUAAUCAAUCAGGGCCGCGGGUUUUGGAACGUGACAAUACCAGAGCGAGCAGGCGACGCAUUAACAUACCUGACCCUGCACGACCAUUGUCCAUGGGUAAUUCCGGCAUUGGCCGAGUCGAAAUCGUACUUAAACAUAUUCAACUCUACACAAACGACUGGAGCUCACGUUCCAGCGGCGGCCUCUUGGCAGGCACCAUCUUGGGUCCAGACCAGGAGAAGGAAGCAUUCAACGCCCUACGAGUUAUGCAAGACAAGCUGAUCUACGGCGUGGGCAUUAUGGCCCAGAAACCUACUCCCAAGGCAUGGCAGCUCAUAAACGAAGGUUGCCAAAUGAUUGAUGGUGUUCUGUUGCAACAAUCACGCAGUAUGAUCCGUCUGCUCCUCCGUAUCUUCGGUGGGGAAGGACACUUUGCGACCACCUCGGACGUGCGGCUUGGUUACGACCACCCGCUCUCCAUAAUCCUGUCUCUCUUGCAGGAUAAAGAUGUCCUUGAAAGCACGCUGGAGCAAGCCUUCUUGGUUAUCAUGGGCAAUCUUGAGAAGGAGCUCGAUGACACCGCUAACGAGAUGCACUUCCUGCGCGUCGACUUGGGAAGAAGAGAGGGCCUGGCCAGCAUCAUCGUCCGGCAAUCUAGUCGAUUGGUUUUGCGGAACACACCGACCAACGACCAAAGCGCUGACGAUGUCAGAACAGCCGCCAAGCGCUUCUGGACAUCGGAAAUCGAGGUGGCUGAGAGAUUCCUGGGCAUGAGGAGCUCGCACCAGGCUCUGGGUACAUGGAAUGACAACUACUACGACCGGCCUACACUCAGGGAAGUUAUGGCCGCACUCGAGUCUUGUCGAGAAAAACUUAUUGGAAACCACUGGGUUCAGUGGGAAAUCUAG